UUCUUUGUGUCUCAGAGCGGGAGGGAGGGGGAACCGUCUGAGGAGGCUCUCUACCGAGGAGACACAAGGGAGAAGAGACACGGGAGAGAGAGAGAGAGAGAGAGAGAGAGAGGGAGGAGAUAGAGUGGAGGUGACUUGACUUGGGAGGCAACCUCAGGCUUGAACCUGCAGCGGCUAUUCAGAGGCAUCAAGGUCGAGGACACUGCUACUGGUAUGUUAGCGAGCAUCAUGCACUAGCUGGUCUCUGCUCUGUGGCGGUGAGCAUGCUUUAACUGGUUUUCUGUCAGUUUUUUGGGACAUUCAGAAGAAUAUUUUUUACACUUUUUUUGGUCUUCUACUGGAGCUUCAUUGAGCUCCCGCCAGGAUCCGAUGAUUACGGGGCAACUGAGCAAGCCGCUGCUCUCCCUGCGCAGCGAGAUGAGCGCGGCCGAACUCCGGGCUGAGGACAAAGCGGCCACCCCGGACAGCGAGCUCAACGACGAGCCCCUGCUCCUGUCAUCCGAGGCCGUGGACCGGGAGAACAACCCCAACAAGCUUUAUGGGGCCCGUGACGGCUCCGUCCAGUCUGAUGUUAGCAGCAGCCCGUCAGAACAGAGUCAACUGGGCCAGUCCCAUCCUGGCUACCCUGUAGGACCACAGUGUCUUUCUCUUCAGUCUUUGCUGGUGGCUCAGCAGCUCGCCCAGCACCUGGCAGGGGGUUCGGCAGGCUUGAACCAACCCAUCCUCAUCCCGUUCAACACCGGCGGUCACCUGGGCGGUCAGCAGGGUCUCGUGCUCUCCCUGCCCACCGCCAACAUCCAGGGCCUGGUGGCCGCAGCGGCCGCACAGGGCAUCAUGACCCUUCCCCUACAGAACCUGCAAGCUACCUCGUCCCUGAACUCCCAGCUCCAGCAUCUGCAGCAGCUCCAGCAGAUGCAACAGCACCACCAGCAACAACAACAACACCAUCACCACCAACAACAGCAACACCACCACCAUCAGCAGCAUCAACACUCCCACAGCCACACCCACAACCAGCUGUCCUCGCGGGGCCACGUGACCCCGCCCAACCAGCAGCAGUCCUCUCUUUCGGUCCCGUCCCCAGGCUCCGCCUCCUCCACCACCUCCAUGACCGGCUCUGGCCCACCGCCGCAAUCUCCGCCCCUCAGGCAGAACCAGUCACCGGCCCGCAGCCUGCCCUCGCCGGUCACCCCGCCCAUGCCCCUCCAGUUGAACCCUCUGACAAGCCAGGCGGCGGUGGCCGCGGCCGCGGCAAUGGGCUCCAUGGCCGGGUCCCAGGUCUUCGGCAACGCCCUCUCCAACCUGCAAGCCGGAGUCACGGGGCAGCUGGUCACCAAUGCACAGGGACAGAUAAUUGGAACCAUCCCACUGAUGCCAAACUCUGGGGGGCCCUCAAGCCAAUCAGGGGGCGGAAACCCUGCGCUGCAGGUCCAGCCAAUUACACCUCAGCUUCUGACCAACGCCCAGGGCCAGAUCAUCGCCACGGUGAUCGGCAAUCAGAUCCUACCGGUCAUCAACACCCAGGGAAUCACGCUGUCACCAAUCAAGCCCGGACAGCAGCUGCCUCAAACUCAGCAGGGUCAGCCCGGCCCUGUGUCGUCUCAGCCCAACCUGCUCCACAUGCCCCACGGCCAGAGUCCUCUGCGCCAGGCCACUUCCUCGUCUUCGUCCUCCUCCUCCUCCUCCGCCCUAAGCGUGGGUCAGCUGGUCAGCAAUCCCCAGACGGCGCCCAGCGAGGUGGAUGGCGUCAACCUGGAGGAGAUCCGGGAGUUUGCCAAAGCGUUCAAAAUUCGCCGCUUGUCCCUGGGCCUGACCCAAACCCAGGUGGGGCAGGCACUCAGUGCGGCCGAGGGCCCAGCCUACAGCCAGUCUGCCAUCUGCCGACACACCAUCCUGAGAAGCCACUUUUUCCUACCACAGGAAGCCCAAGAGAACUCUAUAGGUAGCAGUGUGACAGGCAAACUGAACCCUGGCCUUUUAUAUCCUGCCAGGUUUGAGAAGUUGGACAUCACCCCAAAAAGCGCCCAGAAGAUUAAGCCUGUUCUGGAGCGCUGGAUGGCCGAGGCCGAGGCCCGCCACCGGUCCGGCAUGCAGAACCUGACCGAGUUUAUCGGCAGCGAGCCCUCGAAAAAACGCAAGCGGAGGACCUCUUUCACACCGCAAGCUCUGGAGAUCCUCAACAGCCACUUUGAGAAGAACACGCACCCCUCUGGACAGGAAAUGACCGAGAUUGCAGAGAAACUGAACUAUGACCGCGAGGUAGUCCGCGUCUGGUUCUGCAACAAGAGGCAAGCGUUGAAGAACACGAUAAAGCGGUUGAAACAGCCAGGUGACCUGGACCUUGGCCCAGCCGUGUCCAUGGACCCUCUCUCUGAUUCUUUGGAUGAGCUCCCGAAAAUGACCAACCAAAUCUAGUGGAGUUAAAAGAGGAAAGUCCUAACAAGGUGGAUCAUGACCCAAUUUGGAAUGAAAACUGAAAGAACAUUCCUUUUAUAAAGUCAACUGGAAGGACAGUUAUGAAAGUUUGCAAACGAAUAUGUGUUGUCGAUGUGAUUACCACAGUUAUUUAUUUAAAUUACCUUGGCGAAAACCAAAAAUAAGAAAAAUAUGUUAAUUUUUGAGGAAAAAUUUACAAAGCUACUGUGUGCUGUUUCAAGAGUUCUAAUUCUGGCCUCAGACCAGAACAUUGUCCAAAUUUGAGUUCCCAUUAGGGAGGUUUUAGUAAAGAGACCGUACCAAAAUCGAAGACAAAAACACUAACUACUUACCAAAGUCUGUUGCAUCUGAAUACUAUGAAUAAUUUUUUAAGUGUAAAUGUGUUCAAAGUUUUUACAUUUGUACUGGCAAAAAAAAAUCUAUGAUAUAUGUGUGAGGUUGGGUGUACAUUUUAUCUUUGUCUCACUUCACUUUAUCUCCUAGGUUCAUGUGUAAAUAUCUACUAAAUACCGUCUUCAGAUUGAAAUCACAAUGUCGAAGUUCUCUUUGAAAAACGUGUUGUUGUGAACCAAUGGCAUUAUUGUAUGUUGUUUCUCUCAGAUUCUUUCUCAUCUGCAGCUAUUUAAAUUCACAGUGUUUUACAGGUAACAACUUUUACAGGUAUUUAUUGAUGAUUUUCUGAGAUUGUCAAUGUUUCGUUGAGGGAAGAUAAUAAAGGCUGUCCAGAAGAUGAGAGGUUUCUCGGUACCUAAUCAUAGAGGUAAUGUCUACAGACUGUGUCUGGAACUGUUGUACAUCAUUCUGUUGCCAAAGCCUGAUAGCCAAAGAACACAUUACUUCAGCUCAAGGACUUGGGGAUAUGUCACCUCGGCCAAUUACGUUUCCUUUCUUUUGAUAUGCCUAUACAUUUCCUAGCUCUCAUUCUUUCUGUAUUUUUUCUUCCCACAUUGAGUUAAACUACUUAACACAAAGCCCAACAGAAUGCCAAAUAACGUUUUGCUUCAUGAAGAGAACGCUUUUUUUCCGUUGACAACCGUCUUAUAUUGCAAUAUAGAACAUGUGUUGGACUGUGCAGACUUUUCUACCCUUCCCUUUCUGGAGUCUGUCUCUGGUUUCUUCCGUUUGCUGUAACACAACAUGACUGCUCCUGUAUGUUUCCAUGAACAAAGUUGGAAAGUAGAGAACUGAAAAACAAGACAACAGAACACAAAGGUAGCCCAAGCUUCAAAACCACCACAUUCAUUCUUCUGAGGACGGUGUCACCGAGAAGAAAUAAAACAUGCCGUGUCUUUAGCAAUUAUCUCACGUAGUUGUACCUUAGAGCAAAAUGUUGAUUACUUUCCCGUCACAUAUUUAUUCACUCAUUCUAAUCAUUCUGAAUGUUUUUCCCAGCGCUGAAUAUACAUCAUCCGGGGGUCAAUACAUUUACUGAAAGUGAAAAAUCAUGCUGUUACUUUUUUCUCCCCUUUGAUUUUCUUAUUCUAUAGUGACGCCUUGACAGACAAUAUCAAUGAAACUCUGGUUGUGGAAUGGAAGACCAAGUAGCUGUCCAUGAGACACUAAUCCGUGUUCAUUUCAACUAUCAAAUAAUAGGGUGCUGACUGUUGAUAGGCAGAUCUAAAGGUGGUGUGGUCAUAAUGUCCAGUGCGCCGGCCAAUAUUACCGAAUUGAGGAUUCAAGGGAACCAUUUUGUUACCCACACCAGAAAUGUUAACAACCUAGCUACUGCCAUUCUGUUGAAUUUCUCUGCAUAAUAACUCUGGAAAACUGGUAUAAGUCCUAGGACCAGACGUUGAUAUGAAAUCUUAUUUGAUUAGGAUGAAAUGUUUAAAAAGAGGGCAAAGUGAAGCAGGAUUUGUUACAUGACAGUCAACGUAACAUUUCUUGGAUACUUCUUUCCCAUAUAUGUACAACAAGGCAUGAGGUAGAAGCUGCCUGAUGCAUUUUACGUUAUUCUUUAUUUUUUAAUGCCAGCUUACCUUGAGCAAAAACCUAAAACUUCUGCUGGAAGUUAAACAGUGUUCUACAUUACCCUUUUUAUUGAUUGACCACUGUAUUACUAAUGGGUUUUCAAUCUACUUCUAAGUGAUACGUGAUUUCUAUUAAUAUAAUUUCAUAUAUUUUAUUAUUAGAAAGUAUUUUGUGUGUUCCCUCCCUGUCUCUGACCUCAUCCUAAGAUCUGAGGAAUGUGAUGGAGAUGUGACUGCUAUAUAGUAUACGCAUUAACUGAGGCUGAACAAGGAAGCUGUAACCAAAAAAACUAAAGACAAAGAACAGAGUUUUACCCUCCACUCAACCUUUCAAUGCUGGACCAAAGGCCUAGAGUUAUAUGCACAUUGUACAGAGGAAUGUGUUAAUGUCGCUGACAAUCUUGAAAUACAAAGUGAAUCGAUGAGUAGAUAAGUAGUCAUUCAUUUUUAUUUUUAUCUUUUAUACCUCAUCACUGUCCUCGUACAUUGUGAGCAAUGCCAUGCAAACACCGCCAUGGAACAGUAGUAAAAAAAUACAAAAAAAGACUCCUGUAUAUGUUUGUAAGUAGUAUUCACUUCUCAUGGGGGAGGGAGGGAUUCUGUAUUUCACCCGUUUUACUUUUGUCAAGUUCUUUCAAGGGUCACAUGUAUAGUACUUUCUAGACUUUGUCGUUAUUUGUUUUUCCUUGUUUUAUUUUCUUUGUCUCUGUGGCUGUGACAAACACUUCUCAAUUUCCAAGAUGUGCCCUCCUGCUAUAGAGGGUAAACAAUGGUUAUGAUUGUUCUCCAAAAAUAAGAGUAAUCAUAAUUAGGGUAAAUGUUUUCAAAUGACACAGAAACACACACCAACUGGUUUGAAAUAUUGUUAUAACUCAAGAAAGACCUCGAAACCAAAGCUGAUGAACCUGCAAAGGUUGCUUUUAAUUUUAUAGACUGAAAACUGUACUCUAAUGAGCAAUAUCUGUUUGGUCAAUUAUGUGGCACUUUGUGUAUUUCUAAAAAGCUUCAAGUCUGUCACAUUUAUUUGUACCAUUAUUGUUAAUAAACAAUUGUUUGACAUGAA